UAUCACAUUAGUCGGAUACUCGGAUACUCGGAUAGUCGGAUACGUUUAGUCCAACCGUUAGUCCAACUGCAUACAACAUUUCACGAACAUUUUAGUUUGACAGUCCUAGAAGGCCUUAUUUGAGGAGAUGGGUCCCCAGCCGGUGGUGACAGGAGUUUCCCCGCGGGAAGGACCCCCUGGAACACGGGUCACAAUCAGGGGAGAGCAUCUUGGCCUGGACCAGAAGGACCUCAUAGGUUUGAAGAUCUGUGGUGUUGACUGCCUGCUGUCUGCCGAUUGGAAGUCUAGCAGUAAGGUGAUUGCACGGACUGGACCAGGCAAGGGAAAGGGUGACAUCACUAUCACGACACGCUCCGGUGGCAACGGCACAUGCACUGUUGGCUUCCGGGGAUUCUUCGUACAAAUAGGUCCGCUGCAGGAGUCUGCUGUGUGGGUUGACGAGACUCAGACAGUGCUGAAUCAGCUGGGUCGCCGUGGUAACCAGGCCCCGCUUGCCUCCCGUGAUGGUGAAGACCCCCUUGGGCUCUCAGAUGAGGGGAACCAUGCCAAAUCUGAGGAUGAAAUGCUUGAACUCUUCCCAGAAUGUUCCGGCAGUAUGUCGCUGGAGAAUUUCUCCCCAGACUGGUACCUCCUGGAGAACCACCAGGCUGCAAGUUUUGAAGACUUGAAGAUGGGUUUGUCUAACAUGCGUUUGAGUGCGAGGUCGCGGUCAGAGGGUCCUACUGCCUUUGUGAAGGCCAACAUUGGCACAAUAUUGGACUGCCUGGAGAGUCUUAGCAGCAUGUAUGAGAAGUUUUCUGAGGAUGACAUACAGAGAGAAUGUAUCAGCUCCUACGCCGUGUCCUUGAUGCAGGCGAAGUCAUGUGCUGAUGGGUUGUUCCAGGAAGUACUGGGCAGGAAGGACCAGGCAGACCAGACCCGGAACGCCCUUAAUGUGCUCACACGGUUCAGAUUCCUUUUCUACCUGCCCCUCAAUAUGGAACGAAACAUACAGAAGGGUGAUUACAACAUGGUGAUCAACGACUAUAUCAGAGCGAGGGCCUUGUUUGCCAAAACAGAAGUGAAGAUUUUCAAGAAAGUGUAUGGUGAGGUGGAGGAGUCGAUGCAGGCGUUCUGCAAGAUGCUGAGACAGAAACUCCUUAAGCUACCCAACACUCUGCAUGAACAGAAGAAACUAAUUGGGUAUCUAUCAAGCUUGGAGAGUAAGGGAAAUGUUGGAUGGGAAUGUCUGUCCAACAUGGAGAGCUGGCUGCGGAAUCUGCUGGUUGACUGUCAGAAGCGACAUACACAGUCCACUCUUACGCCUGGCGGUAGGUACGGGCCCCCACAGAAGGUGCUGUUUGUGGAGGAGCUGACUGAACUUAUGACCGCACACUUCCCCCACUUCUGGAAACUUGGGCAGGCCUACGUCACUGGCUCACUGGCUCACAGGGAGGAUGGAAAAAGUUUAAAGACAGAGUCAACAAGUAACAAAUUUAAGGAGAUGGUAUCAUCAACUAUAAAAUACUUCUCUAACCUGGUGCGUGGGGCGUUCCUGCCUGCAUCGCUAGAAACCCUGGGUGCGGAGGAACGGCGCCAGUAUGGGGUGUGGUCCGAGACCCACAAUGUGUCGGGCUCCUGGCUUCCACACUGUGUCAGAUAUGUCAGAUCGUGUGUGAGUGGACUGUCCGGUCUGGAGCUGCCGGGGGACAGUACUGAGCUGCUACAGGAGCUGGCCUUUGACAUGAGGACACAGUGUAUGGAAGUGCUGCUCACCCAGGCUACACAUGAUGUGGGAGGUCUUGUAACCAAGGAGACAUGGGUGCUGGAGAGAGACGAUGAAUCUGGGGGCACCACACAACUGCCAGCACUGUUUGAGAACAUAGUUAAUGAAGCUGUCCAGCAUCUGCAUGAAGUGGUCGUGCAAAACAAGCCUGCAGAGACUGAGAUGUUCAGUCAGCGGACGGUACAGAAGGAAGCUACAACCAUGUGUGGUAGGCUGCUGGGGGCGUUUGCUCCAUGUAUCGAGAAACUAGCAUUUGAAGAACCUCCAGCAGAUUUAACCAGCACUCUUGCCAAAAAUGCAGAGAACAAGCGUAGAAGUUACCUGGACGACCCUACAGAUGAAAGCAUUCCACCAAAGGAGCAACGUAUCCUAAUCAUGCUGAGCAACUGUAGACACACAGAGAGCACGCUGCUGCCCCGGCUUGUGGACAACCUCGCCCGACAUGGCUAUCUCGAGAUGAGCAAGGUCCUCCAGACCUGUAAGCAUACGUACAGUGGCCUGUGUGACCGUCUGUUUGAGGCGUACGUGGAGGAGAAGGCCAACCCGAUAGUGGGCGUGAUGGAGCCUCACAUGUACCGCGGACACUUCAACUGGUGCACAUGUAAACACCCUAGUGAUGUGCGUAACUACUUGAAAGAAGUGUUGAUGGGUCUGAUUGAGGUGCACGCGGAAGUGUACUCCAUCCUGCCAUCGUACGUCCGCCCUGUGAUGACCCGGGUUAUCGAGGCUGUUGCCGAGGAGAUCUCCCGCCUUGUGCAGUGUGUGCCGGAGUUUGGAACCAAUGGGGCUAUACAGGCAAAGCUGGAAAUACUGUGUUUACAAGAAACUGUCAAGGAAUACAAGACCAAUGUGACAGAUUCCAGUUUUGCAGAGGCGCUAGAUUACCUGCCGGACAUUGACCAGGACAGCCAAAAGCGUGUGGUCGAGCUACAGGAGAAGUUCCGUGCUCAGAUGAAACUACAGCUACUCUGCUUCCAUCCAACACAACAUUCAUAGGUCCACAAAUUGUGGCAAGACGUUCAGCAGAUAUGACACCAGAGAGAUGGGGAUGAAGAAUGUGCCACUGGUAGAAGUGCUGUUUAUGUGCAAUAGAACUUUGGUGUACUUAUUUAUAUACAUUGAUGUAUUCAAUAACAUUUUGC